UACGGCGUCCUUCUCCACUGCCUUUCCUUCCACUUCCCUCCCCCUCGGUCUCUCUUACGCAUCAAUUAUCGACCCAAAUAUCUAAGCGCGAUGGAUGCAACGCCACUCAGCAGCAAGAAGGUCCCGCCGGCCGCCGACGCCGACGCGCUCCCGUCGGCCGCGCAGCAGGCGGUGGAACCGUCCUUGCCCAGCGACGCGGCGGCCACCGUGAAGACGAGCGCCGGCGUCCGCGGUGGCGACGACGACGACGCGCAGGUGGAGAGGUUCUACGCGCUCCUGGACAACAUCCGGGCCAUGAGGGGCAUGCUCGGCACCGGCGCCACGGCCACGGCGUCGGGGAGGAAGCGGGCGCGGGAGGCCGAGCCGCCGUGGCGGCCGGCGUUCAGGAUGGAGGACUUCGAGCUCGAGGAGGUCCAGUCCGACGCCCCGUGCUGCGACCUGAAGGUGGCGAAGAGGGAGAGCAGCUGCUGUGCGGGGUGGCCGCCGGCGGUGCGGAGGGAGACGACGGACGGCGGCGCCGAGGAGCAGGAGAACGGCGAGGUCGUGGAGGCAAAAGGUCGCCGCCGGCCGCAGCACAAGGCGCGCCGCGCGGGUGUGUUGGUAGUUGACGGUCCAGGCAGUAGAUAGUCCAGCUGCGGGGUCCGACUGCACGGAUUUCGUGUUUAUGAUGAUGAUGUUAAUUGUGUUUUAGGGAACAUGUAUCAUGUGUUGUCAUUAAACUCUGCCAUGUAUAAUUAUAUAUAAGAUUUUAGUGUCACGUACGGACACAUUAGCAGCCU